UUACCCUCAAGUUUGAGGCGGGGAGAAUUUAAACGCCUCGCUGAGGAGAAAUAAAGGGAGGGAAAAAGCACAACAACCAGUCUAGGGAGGCUGCUGGUGGAAGGAGCCCACAGUGCGUUGAGCGCACGAGCUAGCUGCAAUGCUGGGCUGUUUGCUGCCUAGGCCUGAGCCCAGGAAGCUGUGCAUGCUCUUUGCACUGUUUGCAGGAAUCUGGGGUGACUGUGGAUGGCCCCCAGUAUUAAACAGUGCCGUCCCCCAAAGAGACCUCCACGCAGAGAGCUUCCCUGAUGGCACAGAAGUGCCUUACAGAUGUGUGGAUGGUUUCUACCACAUGCACGGCAAGACAGAUGUGACCACGUGCCUUGAAAACUCCCAGUGGUCCCCCAUAGAAGAAUUCUGUGAAAACCGCUGCCCUGUCCCCGUGAGUUUAAAAUACGCCGCCCCGAAGCCAGAGGAGCUGAGGAAGAAGACUCACUACACACCUGGGACCGCCUUGACCUACGUCUGCCAACCGGGUUACGAGCCCAUCCCCGGAAGGACUCCUGUUCUCACCUGUCUGCCGAAUAACUCUUGGUCAGAAGUCCCCGCUUUCUGCAAAGGCAAAUCGUGCGGCGAUCCAGGAAAGCCGCAAAACGGCAGGACCGUUGUCGCGACCGACCUCCUGUACCGAUCGAAAGUCCAUUUCACCUGCGACGAUGGGCACCGAUUGAUUGGACCACCCUCUGCCCAGUGUGUCAUGAAGGGCGACACCGUCAAAUGGGACAAGGAACCGCCACGUUGCCAGCCCAUCACUUGCUCUCCUCCUCCCAACAUUGCUGCGGGCGCUCACGAUGGAGGAGGAAGCACCGAGGAUUUCCCCUACAACUCGACAGUGACGUACAAGUGCCAGAAUGGCUUUUCGCUCGUUGGAGAGGCUUCGAUUCGUUGCACGACUGAAGAUAAAGCGAAGGGGGUCUGGCGAGGUCCUCCUCCUAAAUGUACAGCCCUAGCUAGGCUGGUUGCCACACCAGCCAUGCCUCCUUCUACUAUCGAAGACGUACAGAAUGAUACUUCUCCAUCACCACCACCUUCUUCUUCACCCAAUCACCACCGCCAGCUAUGGGCGCCAACCCUGUGGUUGGUUUGUUCCUACGUCCUCCCCGUCUCUCAGAUGUGGUGAACGAAUCACCAGAUGGGGAGACUCAGGAAUGGUUAAACCAUAGUCAAACUUGCGGCCGUCCAGAUGUUAUGGAUGACAGUUCCCAUCAUCCCCUGCCAGAUGAUGGGAACUCAUCCAUAACAUCUGGAGGGGCGCGAGUUUGACACCUGUGGGUUAAACUGACGUUGUUUGUUGCUGUUAAGAGUUGGGUUUCAAUUGUAUUACAUCGGGUUGUUUAAUUGUAUUACGUUGUUCCUAUGUGAGCCACCCAUAAAGUCGGAGUAAAGUAAAAGCAACUGGAUUAUUUCUAAGCGCUGCAAGACGGGAGCAUAUGAAACGGCCUGUUUUAUUCUUUGAUUUCACAACACAUGCAGUAGCCAUGCUUAUGCUACUGCCAGAAGAAUAGCCAGUGACUAACAAGAUGCGGAAUGAGGAAUUAAGAAUGUACAGGCACACAAUUUGGAAAAGCAGAGGAACUGGACGGCAUCUAACAACGUGGACUCAAGCAGGCCACAGAAACUGGAGUAAACGUGUGAGGGGAAGGUGGCGAUGGUGAUUAUUUCUGAUCUACUAGCCUUGCCAUCGGUCUUUUGACAUCCGUCGACCACUUACACUGAACGUUGUUUCAGUUUUUUUAUUUGCACUGCUUUAUUGUUCAAUAUUGGACUUGUUUUUAUGGCAAUGAUUUUAGUGAUUGUGUAACUGAUUUCAUAUUGUGACCCGCCCUGAGCCCUGCAGGGAUAGGGCCGGAUACACAUCCAAGUAAAUAAAUGAAUACAUCUUUAUAUUUUAAA